GUUAAUGCUUGAAAUUCCAGGAUGCUCACGAAGUUACCAAGUGGUUCAGUCUGACGUGCGCUGACAUUUGAUACUAUGGCGACCGCAUCCGAAGAUAGUGAUUUUGAUUGCUGGCUUUCUCAAAAAUUCCAAGCUCUAAAUACGGAUGAUUCUGUGAUCGUACCCUACGUUAAAAGCAUACUGGAGGGCGAGGAGGAGGAUGAAUCGGAAAAGCACGAAGCGCUCGUUGGCAUCCUCUCUGAAAUAUCGGUGGACGAUGUGGAGGGUCUGUGCCAAGAACUUAUUCUACGCUGGAAUGCAUUCGUGAACAUCGGUGGUUCAUCCGAACAUCCGCCUGAUACAUCCGUUCAGUCUUCUGUUCCGUCGCAUUUAGAAGACCGAAUUGCUCAAAUAAUGAUACAAAAAGCUGACGAGUCUGUUAAAGUGAAGGUGCCGUUAUCGAAUGGAUCGUCUGAAGUGAAGCAGGCAAUCUUAUCCCAGUAUAGUGAGGUUUGUGAUGUGGAGACAGAUGACGAAGAGGAAGACGAUCACGACUCAUCGCAUGGGGCGAAGAACUCGGCCGUUGGUGGUCAUCCAAAAGGUUCCAAACAUCAAGACAAGCUGCCAAUGAGUGAUCAACUUGUUCCGCCAGUCAAUGUCACGAAUGAUCUUGAGGAAACCCUCCUGAGGGCUGCACGAAGUGAUGAUUUGGAAACGCUGCAAGAAUUGUUGAAUUCCCGUAGCUCGGAAAAAAUACAGCUCAACAUAAAUUGCAAAGGAACGAGAGGCUGGACAGCUCUGCAUUUAGCAUCUUAUUUCGGAAACAAAUCUGUGAUUGAACUUCUGCUGGAAAAUGGUGCCGAUCCAAAUGUCGUGAAUGAUGAUGGGGAUACUCCCCUGCACAAAGCUGCGCUCACCUCCAGAUUCGAAGUUUUGGAAAUACUUCUGCGAUCGGAUGCAAACGUUUGUGCCAUAAAUGGAGAAGGAAAAUCGGCUGAGGACUUGGCUACUAAUCGGGAUGCGAAAGAUUUGCUUGAACAGUCGCGAAAAGCCGCUGAGGAAAUUCGAGAAGGUGUCUUCCUCGCUGCUUGCAAAGACGGCUUUUUGUCUCGAAUUGAAGAAAUGUUGGAGUGUGUGCCAAAAGUGAACAUAAAUUGCGUGGAUCGCCUCGGAAACACGGCUCUUCACAGUGCUGCCUACUUGGACAACAGAGCAGUGGCCAUUUGUCUUCUGGAGCACGGAAUCGACACGACCAUUCGGAACCAUCAUGGCCACCUUGCCUCCGACAUGGCGCUCAAUUCUAGCAUGAAAGAAAUGCUCGGAGUCCCGCCUAUCAAGUCUUUGUCUCAGACCCCGUUCAGAUAUCAGGGCCCGCUUUUCAAGCACCAGCGAUUCCGUGGUUGGAAACCAUUUUGGGUAAUCUUGGAUCGCGGUGUCUUGAGUUAUUACAAAACACCGGGGAAUGCCGCAGCUAAUUUUCGGCGCCGGUUCCACAAGCAUUUGAAUUCAGCCGUAGUUUUGAAGGCGCCCGAAGAUUUGGGAAUGUUCGUGAUCCGAUUUCCUGACGGAGAUCAGCACCGUUUGAGUCUCACCCCGCAUUGUACCCAACGUGCCAUCGAACGCCAGAAAUGGAUCGCUGUGAUUGGAGAGCAUGUGACUUUCAGCUCACGAAUGCUCAGUGCUACAGUUGAGGAGGACGAUGCUGAUGACGAUACUGAAUCCUUGCUAUCAGCCGACUUUGCAACAGUGGGAAGGAUGAAGAAGAAUGUUUCUUUCGUUUAUUCCGAUCCCCAGACAUCGACUCAUGUGAAAUCCCUGCGCUCAAUGAAGGACGCUCUGCAAACUGCCGAGGCGUAUAAAGAACUUCUCGCUCAGGAUUCGGAAAUGUUGUCGAAUUCCUUCAACCAGCUGCCGAUAACUUACCGCCAGGGGGCGUUGUAUUCUUUACUUCUGAAAGUUGACACUGUUCAGCGCACGGCGAAAGACGUCGUCGAAUCUCUGAACUAUUGUUUGAAUCUUUUCCGUCAACAAGAAGACCUGCGUGUCUUGGAGCUGAAACGAAGCAAGGAAAAGUGUCGGGUUCUGGAAGAAAGCCUGUUGGUCUUGGCUAAGCAACACCGGAACUUGGAGUUGUCUUUGUCCACCGGAGUGAGCCACGAAAUUGGAGCGCAUCCGUUCAGUGCGGAACUUGGCGGCGGAAGUGAGAAGCGUAUCCGGAAGAAGAAGCCGAAUUUACGUAAACCGGUUGUUGGUUGGAUAGAAACUGAGACUUGUGGCAGCGACGGGGAAUUGGUCGACUGUACCGGAAUCGAUCGUCAUUUAAAUUCUUCGGACUCCGAAUACAACACGCCGUAUGGGUCCAUGAGUGAUUUGCGAGCUUCUGCUCCGUCUCCCAUGAUCCAUGUCGGCGUGACUAGAACGCGUAUUGCGGUCCUGGGUGCCGCCGAAGACGAAGCUGUCAUGACGAUGAUCGAGGAAAGAUCGGAAUACGGAAGGUGAGUCUUCCUGUGAU